AUGUUCAGCUUGGAAGAAAUAUCUUCAGUAACUAGAUCUCCUCCAUCCUUCCGGAUCUUCAAACCAUGGUGGGAUACCUUCAUGGAUUAUUUGGCAAUGACCAUGUUGAUGAUCGCUGUGUUUGGGGGCACCAUGCAAAUAUACAAGGAUAGGACAAUUUGUUUACCAAUUAAAGCUAAUUCCACUCACAGUGCUCCAUCACCUAUUGAUGCUAACAUAAGCUGGGCAGAUAAACAUGUUGAUUUUAAUAUAACCGAUUUACAUCAUACAAUAAUUAAUCAAAAAUCCAUUAAAAUAUCACGGGUAAAUGCCAUCUUUGCUGUUGAACACACCAAGGCAAAUUUGGAUUAUCAACAGUAUCGCUAUGUCAACCAGGCAUGUUAUUUCCACGCUGUUCCCUGGUUUUCUAAGCACUUUUCCUCUUUCAUACUUAUCCAUACUGUUGCGUUGAUGAUUUGCAGCAAUUUCUGGUUCAAGUAUCCCAAAACAAGCUCCAAAAUAGAGCAUCUGGUCUUCAUCUUGGAGAAGUGCUUCGAUUCCCCCUGGACAACCGAAGUCCUCUCUCUGGCCGUCACAGAGAACAGCAGCGAAAUGAACACCCGGGCGCAAGAGAAACGUAAAAGCACAGUGGCAGGCCAAGGUAUCAGCGAAUCUGCUAAAAGCUCAACACGGACGCAGUCUGUUAUAAAGAAGCAGUUCCAAUUACUGGACAAGAAGGAUGGAGAACAAGCCAAAUCCCUGUUUGAGAAAGUGAGAAAGUUCAGGUUUCAUGUAGAGCAAGAGGACACCAUAUAUAAACUCUAUGUUGGACAAAUGGUUUUUAAAUCCCUGCAGUGCUUAGCGAUCCUUUGUUAUUUUAUGGUAUUCAUUAAAGAUGUCAACUUUGACAUUAUAUGUCGCCCCGGCAUGGAGAAUGUGAUUGGUUACGAGAUUUUUAUUUGCACAUUUAGCAUCGCCCUUCUGUUGCAGAGGCUCAUCCUGCUCUAUCUGAUUUUGGUAACCAUUUAUGUGGGGCUUUGUCUUCGCACCCUCAUCUGGAUCUUGAGGUCACCCCUGAAACAAUAUUCAUUCGAGAAACGUGAAACCCAGUUCAGCGACAUUCCUAAUGUAAAGAACGAUUUUGCUUUCUUGUUACAUCUGAUCGAUCAGUAUGACCCCCUGUACUGCACACGCUUCUGCAUCUUCCUGUCCGAGGCAAGUGAGAAAAAGUUGAAGAUGUUAAAUUUGAAUAACGACUGGACUGUGGACAAGGUAAGACAGCAAUUAAUCCAAAAUAACAAGGAGCAGCUGGAACUUCAACUCUUCAUGUUAACAGGAAUUCCUCAGGCGGUCUACGACGUGACUGAGUUACAGGCCUUAAGGAUGGAACUGUGCACUGAUAUUAAGAUAAGUUCCAAGGUAACUCACCUUAUCCACUUGGAAGAACUUUCGAUUGUAAACUGCAAAGUCGUCGUUAAACCAACUGCUUUAUUCUUUCUAGGCAACAAAUUGCAUUCGCUUCUGGUCACUUUUUCGGUUCAUGAGGAGGUGCCUGAAUGGAUCAAUAAACUGACCCGACUCAGAGAGCUUUUCUUGAUUGGAAACAUUAAUUUAGAAACUAAAACAUUGGAACUAGAAUUCUUAAAAGAACUUCGUUAUUUGAAAAUCCUUCGAAUCAAUAGCAACCUCACAAAGAUACCCUUCAACGUGUUGUAUGUGGCUCCCCAUUUGAUAGGGCUGUCAAUUUUUAAUAAUAAGAACAAGCUUGAAGUGCUCCACAAUUUGGGGGGCAUGUUCAACUUAGCUCGACUUGACCUUCAAAACUGUCAGCUGGACAAUAUACCCCACGGCAUUUUUAGCCUCACCAAUCUGCAAGAAUUGAACCUCCAGGGAAAUGAACUCAGACAAGUGGAUGAACUUGAAGCUUUCCGGCAACUACCAAGACUGUCCUCCCUCAAUCUCAGUAACAACAAAAUUACUUCCCUUCCAGAUUCCUUUCUUUUCAUCGGCAACCUUGAACAAUUUAAUGCAUCAGACAAUCAGAUUGAGACCCUACCAAAUAGUUUAUUUGCUAUUCAGAAGCUACAUCAUCUGUACUUGAGUAACAACCGUCUAAUGGCCAUUCCCACAUCUAUUAAAAACCUCAAGUACCUUACAUUUCUAGAUCUGAGCUCCAAUAAGUUGGAAACUUUACCAGAUGAGUUGUUCCAAUGUAGGAAGCUCAAGACUCUAAAGCUGAACAAUAAUUUACUUACCUCCCUUAGUGGAAAGAUUCAACAAUGCUCCCUACUUUCAAAACUGGAACUCAAAGGGAAUCCUUUGGAAGAACUUCCCGUGGAAAUUGGACAGUGUAGCAAACUGAAACAUAGUGGUCUGAUAAUAGAUGAAUUCUUAUCCGAGACACUUCCUAUGCCGGUCAAAGCAAAUCUGAUGUCCAACCAGGAGGCUCCUCUGGAUGUCAGACUAAUAAUCCCCAACAAGGCAUCAUAUCCCAAACUGGACAACCUUGUAUAA